CUUGAGUGCGGAGACAGGUGCGCAAUAAAUCACUUUCCAACAUUAAUUCACUAGCUUAGGCGGUUAGCCCAUGUGCUUUUAGUUAAUCAACUUUUCUCGAUUGAUGAGAGCUUGUUUUUUGUGAAAAAUGGCAGAUUCCGUAUCAGCAGCGUUGCACGAAUGCCAGAGUAAGGUUGACUCAGGAAUGAAGUCACUACUCAAUGACUUAGAUAAUACAGUUCUUCGUAAAUUACAGAAAGAGAUGUAUCUGUGCAGUGCAAGAUGCUGUGAUCAAUCAUCAGGAGAUCGGCAAGGAUGUAUACAGAGAUGUCAGCAGCCAGCACAACAAACAGAAGAAUACGUGCAGAAAGAAUUGACAGAUUUCUUAGACCGGCUCCAGAGGUGCACCCUCCAGUGUCAAGAUGAAGCCAAGGACAAGAUCCGAGACAAGAUGUCGUCUGCCGAUGAGGCUAAGGUCCGCAAGAACCUCGAGGGCUGCCUCAUCAAGUGCGGUGACAAGCACACUGCCAUGUUCCCUGCCCUAAACAAGCGAUUGACGGACUAUGUCAACCAGUUAUUAUGAGAUAUGGUGUAGAAUAGAGAACAUAGUAUUCGUAACUAAGCUAUUCUACUAAUAAUAAUAUAGCACAGAUAUAGUGAAGAAAUAAUUAUGUUUCAUGAAGUAACUUCUUAUUUGUUCCUGAUAACUGUGCACUAUUCGUCUCUAAUAGAAAAUUGUGUGUGUGUCAAGAGCCAGAAGUGUUAACUCUUUAUAAGUAUACCGAUACGAGUCAACACCUUUCUCGCUUGAAGCUAUGUGACUUGUGUAGGAAUUUGCCUUUUCUAUUGAACAUGUUGUGUUUCAUGUACAUUUUUUGGUCAUGGCACAACAUUGGCAGGCCAUGGUAGACCUUUGUUCAUGACAUAUAUACACAGUAUUAAAAAUUCAACAACUGCAAUACCUCUGCACAAUGCCAUAUCGGGAAGUGCAUUUUUUGUUUAAUUUGAAGAGAGUCGACAAAA